AAACAGAAGAUACGGAGUUCAAGCUGGUUUGCAUUUUAGUGCUAAAUAUCUUGAACUGCGCUAAGUAGUUGAAGGAGCCCAAUUAACUUUGGCCAGCUAAUCCUUCCGAGCCGACCCUCCAGUUUUGACAGUAUUCCCCGUCAUGAAAAGCGGAGAAAAUUUGGAGAGUUUCACGUUUUUCAUCCGCUAUGUGUAAUGGUUCGACUCAAGUUUUGUGAGGAAUCGUGCCGAUGAGUCGCCCUUCGAAUUUUUCGAAUUUUCACGGAUAGAAAUCGGUGGAAAAUUGUCGAAUUUGCGUGGAAAAGUGUCGUGUGCGGUGGUAUUUCGUGAAUUUGAUAAAGUUCUGUGAAAAAUUCGUAAGAAAAAGGGCUAAAAAUCGUUAAGAAAAUCGGGGGUCGAGCAGGCAGAUACAUACACGUCUAUGGUAUAGGUCUGAUUGGAAAAACCUCCUUCUCGUCGUCGUCUUCGUGAAAAAUUCAUUAAAAUUGAAUUUUCAUCAAGUCGUGCUGUUUCAUGGAUGGUGAAUUCGACAUGAAAGCACUAGAAACGAGGAUUAGAAAAGUGAAAAGAUUUCAUUGGGAGUGAAAAGCAGAUUUUUUUUCUUCCUGCCAAGGAGUGAAACGGAGUGUGGGUUUCUAUCGGGGACGACUUCAUCCUAUCGGAAAAGUGGUUUAAUGUCAUGUCCAAUGAAUAAAGUUCUUCGAAAUGAUCUCGGUUACGACUAGAUACUUAAGUGUAGUUAGUUCUAUGUAAAAAUUCUCUGUGAGCAUCGACGACAGCGGAAAGUAUAGUCGGGUCUGCGGCAUAAGUGGAAAGUUGGGAGAAAAAAAAAUCAUUAAAAAGUGCAUAACAAAAUUUUUUCCACAACUUCCCCUCAUUACAAUCUGUAGGUCGCUCAUUAACACAUAUUUGAGUGGAAUCUAGUUUCACUACUGAAUUUUCCGUUUGUCAUCAGCGUUGUCGGUUAACGUUUUGCUGCCGACAAAUUUCCCCACUCUAGACGAUUAUCCCCACUCGCGCCCCACCAUUUUCCACCCCGCCAAUAUAUGUGGAACGUAGCUUCGAAAAAAAAUUUCUCCCUUAUCAAAGUGUUUGUGUAUUUAAUAUUAACAUUUUCAUCGUCAUUUUCCGCGAUACGGUAGACAUUGCUGAGUCGAGACGGAUAUAGACGGGAAUCGCGAUUUUUUUACAUGUAUACAUUCACUUAAUACACUUGAAAUAAAGUAGAAAAUUCGUAGGAGCACAUUAUUAGCAUAAAGUAAAUAAUCUAGAGAAUGACUAACCUACGCGAACACUGUGCAGAUAGUUCCAAAAAUUCGCAAAUUUCGUAAUCAGUUCGAGUGCCAUCGAGUGGAAAAGGCUGGCUCCGCUCGAACACGUUGGAAAAUCUCUGCUGCGAGUCCUGUAUUUCGUUCGUGACCAGUUUUCGCAUGGGCUCAGGUCUGGAACACAAGUUACAAAAUGCGAAUAAUAAUUCCUGAGUUCGAUUAGAUCUAAAGCAAACAGAAUUUCCAAUUAAUUUAACAUCUCAUUAGUGAAAGAUAGUCCUAAUAGAUUCCGUUCUAAUCUCGUUACGGUUAUUAUUUUGUGCUGAACCUGUGCUCGGAAGCACUUACGGAGAGGUCGACGGCAAGCAAAAGCAAGAGCUUAGGAAGCAAUUACCAAGCCGACUCGAUGUUUUCCCUGAAUUUCCCCGAACAAAUCGAACAAAUUUUUCUGAAAAUUUCUUGUAAAUAAAUGAAUUAGUGUUACAUUUAAUCGAAACUAAUUUCCACUUUUCGCUGUAGCGCCUAGAAUAUUGUCGUGUUCGUGAAUGUAAAAAUAAAACACCGAAAAAAAUUUAGCAUAAAAUUUUUGCCAAAAAUAUUCAAAGAAAAAUUGUCCUUUCCCAUGACUGCAAGGGGGACAGUGCGCAAGCAACAAACACGCGAAACUUUGUAAAUAAAAUGUACAGAAACAAAAUUUAAUUUAUUCGAAAGUAAUUACUCCUAGUGCAGUGAUCUACGCGUACUUCUAGUAUUGUAAAUUUCCUUCGAGGCAUUCCUCAGUCGCGUAAAGGAUACAUUGUUUGUAAAAUAUUAAGAUAAUAAUAUACUAACCAAGUGCAAACCCCACCAUUUAAUUUUUUACUUGCUUUUCUGUAACUUAACGCUGAUUCAUUCUAAAAUAUAAAUAAAGAUAAAUUAAUAUAAUAAAAAAAUCUUUGUGUUCGACCAUAAGAUAAAUUUAAUUCGCGGAGAGUUCAGAUAGGCAGCAAAGAAGGAAAUCCUCGACGAUUUCUUUGCAUCGUCUGGCUGACGAAAAGUGAAAUUUGUAUCCGUGCUUCGACGUAUGCAACAACGUUACUACGUUUAGAUGCGGAUCAACUACAAAUCGGGACAAAUGAGUGUUGCCGUUUAUUUGGUGUAACCCAAUAUGGCCGAGGGGUCGUCUAGUAAUCAUUCAAAAUCGGAAUUACUGACGGUUGGCAGCGGCUCAGGAAGCGGCGCUUGCAGGACAGCAACAGGGCUCCACAAGCGGGGGGCACUCGGGUCGAAGGGGAGCCCAUCGCUUAGCUGAUAGAAUGGGCGGCCCGAGUAGUCAAGGCCAAUCGCCACCCGGCGGUGGGCCAACAUCACUGUUUAUCCUCACCGAGGAUAACCCCAUUAGGAAAUAUACACGAUUUAUAAUCGAAUGGCCGCCCUUCGAGUACGCUGUGUUAUUGACAAUCAUUGCUAAUUGUGUAGUGUUGGCAUUAGAAGAACAUUUGCCUGAAGGUGAUAAAACAGUAUUGGCUCAGAAACUGGAGAAAACAGAAGCCUAUUUUUUAGGCAUAUUCUGUGUGGAAGCAUCGCUCAAGAUCCUUGCCUUAGGGUUCGUUCUGCAUAAACACUCCUACCUCAGGAAUAUAUGGAACAUAAUGGAUUUUUUCGUUGUAGUGACGGGGUUCAUCACAAUGUUCCCACAAAAAGUGAUCGAUGUAGAUCUCAGAACAUUAAGGGCCAUACGUGUGUUACGGCCCUUAAAAUUAGUAUCUGGAAUUCCUAGUUUACAAGUAGUUUUAAAAUCAAUUAUCAAAGCAAUGGCACCAUUACUUCAAAUCGGACUAUUGGUCCUGUUUGCGAUCGUUAUAUUUGCAAUCAUUGGCCUCGAGUUCUAUUCGGGAGCACUGCACAAGAGUUGUUAUAGUUUAGAAGACAUAAAAAAAAUUGUUAAGGAAGGCGAUAUGGAAACGCCGUGUUACGCGGAUAAUGAAACGGCUGCAGCGUCAUCUGGAGCGUAUAUUUGUAAUUAUAAUGAGAGCCUGUGUUUAGAACAAUGGGGAGGACCAAAUUUCGGGAUAACUAGUUUCGACAAUAUUGGUUUUGCCAUGUUGACUGUAUUCCAGUGUAUUACAAUGGAAGGCUGGACUGCAAUACUGUAUUGGACCAACGACGCGUUGGGUUCAAAUUACAACUGGAUCUAUUUUGUGCCUCUAAUAGUUUUGGGCUCAUUCUUUAUGCUCAAUCUAGUUCUUGGUGUUCUUAGCGGUGAAUUCGCAAAAGAACGAGAAAAAGUAGAAAAUAGACAAGAAUUUCUAAAGCUUAGAAGACAACAACAGCUAGAAAGAGAACUAAACGGCUAUGUUGAAUGGAUAUGUAAAGCCGAGGAAGUUAUAUUAGCCGAAGAGAGAACAACGGAAGAAGAAAAAAUGCACAUAAUGGAAGCGAGAAGAAGAAAUGCAGCCAAACGGAAAAAACUGAAAAGUCUGGGAAAGUCGAAAUCAACAGACACAGAAGAGGAAGAGGGCGAAGAAGAUUAUGGUGACGAUGUUAUAAAAUCAAAGAAAGGGUAUCUAAAGUCAAAAGUCGGAGCCCAGGGCAAGUGCAAAGGAUUCUGGCAUGCCGAAAAACGAUUUCGGUUUUGGAUACGACACACCGUUAAGCAGCAGUGGUUUUAUUGGUUCGUCAUAGUUUUGGUUUUUUUAAAUACAGUAUGCGUAGCAGUAGAACAUUACGGACAGCCCGAAUGGCUGACACAGUUUUUAUAUUAUGCUGAAUUCGCAUUUCUCGGUCUAUUUAUGAUGGAAAUGUGGAUUAAAAUGUACGCCCUAGGUCCUCGAAUUUAUUUCGAAUCAUCAUUCAAUCGUUUCGAUUGUGUCGUCAUUAGUGGUUCGAUAUUCGAAGUUAUAUGGUCCGCUGUGAAAGGUGGCUCGUUCGGUCUAUCCGUUUUACGAGCCUUACGUCUUUUACGUAUAUUCAAAGUGACCAAGUAUUGGUCGUCGUUACGCAAUCUUGUUAUAUCGUUACUGAACUCAAUGAGAUCGAUCAUUUCAUUGUUGUUCCUAUUAUUCUUGUUCAUACUCAUUUUUGCAUUGCUUGGCAUGCAACUGUUUGGCGGACAAUUUAAUUUUCCCGAAGGAACGCCCGAAACAAAUUUUAAUACUUUUCCAAUUGCUUUAUUAACGGUUUUUCAAAUACUUACGGGCGAAGAUUGGAAUGAAGUGAUGUAUCAGGGUAUUGAAUCGCAAGGCGGUCUUAAAGGAGGAAUGAUUUAUUCACUAUAUUUCAUCGUAUUGGUGCUAUUUGGUAACUAUACACUGCUAAACGUAUUCUUGGCUAUCGCCGUCGAUAAUUUGGCGAACGCUCAGGAAUUGACUGCGGCCGAAGAAGAACAGGUCGAGGAGGACAAAGAAAAGCAACUGCAGGAGCUUGAAAAAGAAAUGGAAGCGUUACAGGUUUCAGAUGGAUCCCCGCCACGUGUCGAAGUCUCCCCACCAUCGCCAUCACGUGGUGGCAAAAGUAAAUCAAAAGAAGAAGAGAAAAAGGAAGAUGAUGACGAUAUUCCCGAUGGACCGAAACCCAUGUUGCCAUACUCAUCAAUGUUCAUUCUAUCGCCAACAAAUCCAGUUCGUCGUGGUGCACAUUGGGUCGUUAAUUUACGAUACUUUGAUUUUUUUAUAAUGGUCGUAAUUUCAUUAUCAUCAAUCGCUUUGGCAGCCGAAGAUCCUGUCGAAGAAGAAUCCAGCCGUAACCGAGUGCUAAACUAUUUCGAUUACGCAUUUACUGGUGUCUUUACCAUUGAAAUGUUACUAAAAAUUGUAGAUUUAGGUAUAAUUUUACAUCCGGGCAGCUAUUUAAGAGAAUUCUGGAAUAUAAUGGAUGCAGUUGUUGUAAUAUGCGCUGCUGUUAGUUUUGGUUUCGAUAUGAGUGGGAGCAGCGCAGGACAAAAUUUAUCAACAAUCAAAUCGUUACGGGUGCUUCGUGUAUUGCGUCCAUUGAAAACAAUAAAACGUGUUCCAAAAUUAAAAGCCGUAUUCGAUUGCGUGGUGAACUCAUUAAAAAACGUUAUAAAUAUUUUAAUCGUGUAUAUACUAUUCCAAUUUAUUUUCGCUGUAAUUGCUGUACAAUUGUUCAAUGGAAAAUUUUUCUAUUGUACGGACGACAGUAAACAUACUGCCGAAGAGUGCCAGGGUUCUUAUUUUAAAUUCGAAGAGGGAACUUUACUGCCGAAAAAGGAGGCACGGGUGUGGAGAACACAAAGUUUUCACUAUGAUAACGUAGCGACGGCUAUGCUUACGUUAUUCGCUGUACAGACUGGUGAAGGCUGGCCACAAGUCCUUCAAAAUUCAAUGGCCGCCACAUAUGAGAAUAAGGGUCCAAUACAGAAUUUCCGUAUUGAAAUGUCCUUAUUUUAUAUUGUCUACUUCGUAGUGUUUCCAUUCUUCUUCGUUAACAUUUUCGUGGCCUUGAUUAUCAUUACAUUUCAAGAACAGGGCGAAGCCGAAUUACAAGACGGUGAAAUCGAUAAAAAUCAAAAAUCAUGUAUAGAUUUUACAAUAGGUGCACGACCAUUAGAGCGAUAUAUGCCGAAAGAUCGUAAUAGUUUUAAAUAUAAAGUAUGGAGAAUUGUUGUAUCAACACCGUUCGAAUAUUUUAUAAUGAUGUUAAUUGUAUUUAAUACUCUUUUACUAAUGAUGAAGUAUCAUCAACAAAGCAAGAUGUAUGAAAAAUCGUUAAUGUAUCUCAACAUGGGAUUCACUGGAAUGUUCAGUGUAGAAACUGUACUGAAAAUUAUUGGAUUUGGUGUAAAGAAUUUUUUCAAAGACCCGUGGAAUAUUUUCGAUCUUAUUACGGUUGUCGGCAGUAUAGUAGACGCCUUAUGGAUGGAAUUUGGGCCGGAAGAGGAUUCGAAUUCAAUAAAUGUCGGAUUCUUGCGAUUAUUUCGUGCUGCCCGUCUUAUAAAGUUACUUCGUCAAGGAUACACGAUACGAAUAUUACUUUGGACUUUUGUACAAUCAUUUAAAGCGCUCCCAUACGUUUGUUUGCUGAUAGCAAUGUUAUUUUUUAUUUAUGCCAUUAUCGGCAUGCAGGUAUUCGGGAAUAUUGCACUUACAUCGGAUAAUGCGAUAACCAGACACAACAACUUCCGUUCCUUUGUCCAAGGAUUAAUGUUACUAUUCAGAUGCGCCACAGGCGAGGCGUGGCCGAACAUUAUGCUGGCGUGCCUCAAGGGGAAACCAUGCGAUCCUCGCGCUAAUAAGGGUCCACACGAAACAUGCGGUUCAACACUGGCAUACGCGUAUUUCGUUUCAUUCAUAUUUUUCUGUUCGUUUCUAAUGUUAAACUUGUUCGUCGCCGUCAUUAUGGAUAAUUUCGAUUAUUUAACGCGUGACUCGAGUAUAUUGGGUGCCCAUCAUUUAGACGAAUUCGUUCGGAUAUGGGCCGAAUAUGAUCCAAAUGCGACGGGUAAAAUACAUUAUACCGAAAUGUAUGAUAUGUUAAAAAAUAUGGAUCCACCAUUGGGGUUCGGUAACAAAUGUCCUAAUCGCCUCGCCUAUAAGAAGUUAAUACGUAUGAAUAUGCCUUUGGAUGAAGAUGGAAAAGUGAAUUUUACAACGACGUUGUUUGCAUUGAUUCGGGAAAAUCUUAGUAUAAAAAUGAGAUCGGCGGAAGAAAUGGAUCAAGCGGACGAAGAGCUACGCGAAACAAUACAGCAUAUAUGGCCAUUGCAAGCAAAGAAAAUGUUAGAUUUGCUAGUACCACGCAACGACCAACUGAACCGAGGAAAACUAACAGUGGGAAAAAUUUACGCUGGUAUUCUGAUAUUGGAAUCCUGGCGUAAUACCCGCUUUGGACAGAUUGAAUCUGGAUUGCCGGGUAAAAAAGAUGACGAAUCGAAAAAUAGUCCUUCUGCCACACAACCGAAACAAUCGUUCUUCAAUUGUCUGCUCGAUAUGGCAGCUAUGGAGAAAGGUGGUGGUUCGCGAACUGGUUCUUUGAGUUUGGAACCAAACAAUGAUGGUGUUAAUGCACAAACACAUUUACUGCACAACCAACAAAAUGGCAAUGGUGAUAAUGAGCAUUCGAGCUUGGCAGCACUGGCACGACGAUCAACAGUACGCAAACGUUCUGUUAGGAGCAAAAAGAUGUUAGAUCUGCAGGAUGUACCGUCUAGACAUCCUUCAACCGAAUCAUUGGCAGGAGAUGGACAUUUACAUCCAGGCCACCCGUACACAAAUGGCCAUCGAAGGUCACCUAGUUUAAGACGUAACGGAUCACCACUCGCUAGAUCGCCUAGUCCUAGACGACGCGGUCACUAUAUGCACCACCACGAUAUCGGUUUUUCCGAUACAGUAUCAAAUGUAGUCGAAAUGGUUAAGGAGAAUCGACAUCAUCCUUCAAGACAUUUCGGACCACAUGGUACACGAUUCGCCCGAGGUUCAUGGUCAGCAUCGACAAGUCCGGCACGAUCGCCAUCGCCAGCUCGUUAUGGUGGCCAUUAUCCACGAUGUAGGCGAAAUCACCUGCCUUAUCCCACAUAUGGGACAACAAGUCUAUGUCAAAGAUCACGAUCGCCAAGUCCCGCUCGACUUCAGGAGAUGCGUGAAAGAGAUAGACUUGGGAUUAAUGAAAUGGGUAGUUCUCACGUUCAGCAUAGCUAUCCCGUCUUAGCGUCAAGACGUGGGGGUGCUGGCCGAAGAUUACCUCCAACGCCUUGUAAACCUUCGACAUUACAAUUAAAGCCAACUAAUAUUAAUUUCCCAAAACUAAAUGCUAGUCCAACACAUACACAUCACUCAACACCUCAUAGUGUUCACUCGUUGCCACAUCAUCGUGAUUUCCUACGGGAUCAAAGAGAUUUGUACUAUAGUAGUAGAGAUCGUGAACGGGAUCGUGAACGAUAUAGAGAUCGAAUGCGUGAUUAUGAUUUGCGUUACGAUUAUCGUGAUCGUGAACGUGAAUUCUAUGAGCGUGAACGCGAUCGUGAUAGAGAAUAUGAAAGAGAAAGACUGGAAUACAUAGCACCACUGUCGUUCGAACAGGCGCUUGCUAUGGGCCGAACAGGUCGAGUACUUCCAUCACCUGUUCUGAAUGGCUAUAAGCCAAAGGGUGGACUUUAUACAAGACACUCAGACUCCGACGAAGAAGACUGGUGCUAG